AUGGUGAUGGCCUUCGUCGUGCUCCUGUCGGGGCACCUGAGAUCUUUGUUGCAAUUCGGCACCUUCUACACCCUGCGGGACCAUGUCAUCCUACCGCUCGACGCGCGCGGCGGCGUCGUGAGCGUCGUCUGCGCCGACAAGAGCGACAAGGCCGACAAGGCCGAGCUCGAGCGGCGCGUCUGGCCGGAGCUCAAGACGCGGCGCGCGACGUUCACCGACCAGAUCUCGCAGACGGCGCGGCGCGCGCACUGCGCGCGCGAGGCGCUCGCGCUCGAGGCGUCCGGCGCCCGGCCGUUCUCGCAUUUCGUGCACUGCCGCCCGGACGUCGUCUUCGCGCGGCCGCUCGCGGUCGUCUCGCGCGCGGCGAUCACGACGCGCGCGCGGUCCGUCUCCGGCGUCGGCGCCGUCGACGGCGACGCGCUCACGUCCGGCGGCUGCGGCCCCUGCGACGGCUUCUUCGGCUCGACCGCGAGCGCGAACGACGGCCGCCCGUGCCUUUUGCUGACGGACCAGUUCGCCGUCGUGCCCCGGACCUUCGUGCGCGCCUACUUUGGCGCGACGCCGCCGCCGCUCCCGCCGCGGCCGGGCCUCGGCGGCCUCGUCGACGCGCUCGCGGGCGGCGGGCCCCGGAGCGGCGGCGACGACUGUCCGCUGGAACUGGCGCUCGACGCGUCGACGCUGGAGCGGUGCCCCUGCGCGACCAUGUACGCCGAGGGCGCGCUGACGACGCGCGUCGCGGCCGCGGCGCCGCGGAUCUGCCUCGCGCCGCUGCGCUACGACCUCGACGACCGGCGGAGCCGCGACAUGUCGCUGCGGCGCUACGAGUCGAAACGGAGGCGGAUCCCGCGGGGCGCCUGGGAGGUCGCGCGGAACACACGAAACGAGAUGGAGAGCAACCGCUACACGGUCAGUGGGCCUGUGCGCCAGUCGGCGCUCAUGCGCCCGUCGAUGAUCAAGCCCGAGGUGAACUCGACGAAGAUGAACCACGAGGUCAUCGACACGCAGAACACGGAGCAGGACCACCGCAAGUUCCUCGAGACGGGCGACGACGCUUUAUAUAGCGCGGAGAACAUGCGGAAGCGCGCGGCGUUAAAGGAGGACCCCCAGAUCCGCGCCUGGAUCACCAUGUUCUUCCGCACGUUCUCCAUGCAGACCAAGCCCUGGUGCGCGGGGCACAAGAACGUGACGCGGUACCAGGUCUUCGCCUUCGAAUUGCUAUGCUGCAAAGCGCUGUUCCCGCCGGCGGCGUUCAACAUGGAGGAGGCGCUCUGCUCCGUGGAGGAGGACCUCCAGCGCGAUCUGGGCGACCGCGAGCAGAUGUCCUUCCACGAAUUCUCGGAGUCGCUCUUCGAGAUCGUCGACAUGUGGACGCUGACGUGCGAGAAGGACGAGUACCUCAUCUUUCUGAGGAACCUGUACCUGCGCAUCUCCGAGCCGUCGAUCACGGGGUCGCGCCAGUUCCGGCGCGUCGACGCCGUCGUCUCCGUGGAGACGCCGGACCUGACGGCGAUCCUGAAGGAGGGCGAGGUGCUCAAGGCGGACCGCGAGCUCGACGACACGGAGAUCCAGCAGAUGAACGACGACUUCGAGUCGAGCCGCCAGAGCGACAUCGAGCUGGGCAUCGCGCCGCGGGGCUCGGGGCUCGAGGCGCAGGCCAGCGAGGAGGCCGCGCGGCCGAGCCGGCGCACCGUCGCGCCGGGCGGCGGGCGGCGGCGCACGUCCGUCGCGCGGCUGUCCGCGCAGGCCCAGCGGCGGUCCUCCGUGGCGGCGACGCGCGAGAUGGCGCGGGCGCGCAAGCGGAGCCGCCAGGUCACGCUCGUGGAGCCGAGCCACAGCAGCGACGAGGACGAGACGGACGACGACGCGUCGUCGUCGCGGCACGCGUCGCCCCGCGGCGGCAAGCGCCCCGUCGGCGGCCGCGACCCGACGCUCGCGCGGAACAACGCGCGGGGCAAGUACCAGGGCGCGAGCGAGCCCAUCUGGCGCGCGCCGGGCCGCCGCAACGACAGCCACGAGGGCGAGUACGACGGCUACGACGGCGACGGCCGCGCGCCGAAGAAGAAGAAGGACGGCACGAACAUGUGGCUCGUCGGCGGCGUCAUGCGCACGCGGAACACGGGCGUCCUGCGCUACCUCGGGCCCUCCGACGGCCACACGCUGCCCCAGGACGCGCUUUCCCGGGGGGGUUCGGCGGAGCGCGCGAACAACCGGUGGCUCGUGUCCACGGGCGGCUCCGGCGGGCGCGGCGCGGCGUCCGAGGUCAUGGACUGGGGGCCCUACGACGGCGGCGGCCAGCGCGCGCCGCGGCCCUGGGACCGGCGCUGGUCCGACGGCCGCCGCGGGCGGCCGAGCGACGGCGUCGCCGAGGCGGUGGGCAAGGGCGGCCGGAGGAAGAAGGAGAAGGCCAUCCCGCGGACGGCGGCGUGGCUCUUCCACAUGGACCAGGCGUCCUGGGGCGGCGACGCGUCGUCGCUGGACGCGGACUCGUUCGACGAAUUCGGGUCCGUCGAAUCGCUCGGGUCGCACUACGUCAUGGUCGCCGCGGAGCGCGCGACGUCGGCCGCCGACGGCCUCUUCCACAUCGGCGUCUCCGCGCCGGGGUCUGCCGUGGCCACCGCGGGGCCCCACAGCCGGCCGGGGCGGGAUUCGCUGUCGUCCGGCGCGUCCUACGUGUCCGAGCUCACGCAGGUCCCCGCGACGCCCCGGCGCCUCCUCGACGAGGAGCGCCGGCCUCUGCCGAAGCUCGCGCCGGGCCGCGUGCCCGGCGGCAAGCGCGCGUCCUGGGCGGCCUACGCGCCGGCCGUCGCGGAGCCGUCGCGCGUGUCGUCGCGCCUCGCGCCGCGGCCGCGGCCGCCGCCGCGGCCGCCCGCGCCGCCGGGCGAGGCGCCGGCGCCCGAGGCGCCGGAGCGGCCGGAGACGGAGCCCGAGGCCGCCGCGCCGGCGCCCGCGGCGCCGCCGGUCAAGGUCGAGGUCCGCCGCGCCGCGGCGACGGCGCCCGUCGAGAGCCGCGUCGUCGUGGGCUUGGACGCGUCGACGACGCUGACGGGCGGCUCGGUCACGUCCGCCGGCCGGCCCGGGCGCCAGCUCAGCGCGCUCCAGCGGCGCGCCGUCGCGCGCGACGGCUUCGGCGUCGCGCGGCGCGCGAAGAAGCGGCCCGGCGCGAACCGCAACGUCGCGUCGCUGUCGUCGCCGAAGCGCAAGAACGGCGCGCCGCCCCUCGACGCGCCCGACGCGCUCUACGCGCCCGCGCCGCCCGUGGUGUCGGCGACGCAGCCGAAGCGGUCGCUCCGGGAGCUCGCGGCGCGCGCGGGCGCGGAGGGCCCGAGGCGCGGCGCGCCGCGGCGCUUCCCGGACCCCGUCCUCGAGGCGCGCAUCUGCCGGGGGUCGCCGCCCCUCGCGUCGGCGCGCCAGCUCGUGCCCGGCGACCCGGGGUCCCUCACCCUGUCGCCGUCGGCCGCGGGGUCGCUCAACCUGUCGCCGUCGCCGCCGAAUUCGCCGCGGAAGCGCGCGCCGAACCGCGCGGUCCGCGUCGUCGAGGUCGGCGCGGACCCGCGCGGCGCCGCGUCGCGUAGCUACUAA